AUGUCUCAUCGCACAGAGGAACACAGGAAAGCGUUAUUUUCUUCUUCUGAAAGAAUUCAGUUGCUGCGUUCCUUUUCUUCUGCUAUUUGUCUUUCUCCUUCUGCAACAGCCAACAGCGGCAAUUGUGUAUUCGGGGGAGGAGAGACAGCAUACAGGAAAUGGAGCAGCAGCAGCAGCAGCGCCAGCAGCAGCAGCAGCUGCAGCUCGACGAGUGACAGCAGCAGCUGCAGUAGAAUCAGCACUUCCGGCAGCGGAACCAGCAGCAACAGCAGCAACAGCAGCAACAGCAGCAGCAGCAGCAGCAGCAGUGCGGAUGACGUGAAGCGUUCUAACAGCUUUUCAUCAGUCGUCUGUAUUAACAGGCGCUCCCCGUCCACGCUGCUUUCCUCCGCUUCUCUUCACAGCAGCACUUCUGCUGCAUCUCAUCUACCCCCGCAGCAGCACCAGCAGCAGCACCAGCAGCAGCAGCUGCAGCACCAGCAGCUGCUGCAGCAGCAGCAGCAGCCUUUGGGCAUGCUGCUGCAGAUUGGUAAUGGGCCUGCCCUGAAUUUAGAAGAGAAUGAUGAUUGUUUAAUAAAAGAAGAAGAUGUUCCUGCAAAUAUAAAAAACCCGAAGGAGACAGUUGAAUUAAAACCGUAUCAGUGGGCAGAGCAUGUAAACGAUCAGGUGUAUGUACAGGAGACUUUAAAGGCUUAUCAAACUACAGAUACACCUGGAAGAGAGAGACAGUUUAUAUUAAGUUUUAAACUACCCUCCAACUUAGCAGAAAAUGAAAACACAACAACAACAAACAGCAGCAGCAGCGACAGCAGUAGCAGCAGCAGCGACAGCAGCAGCAGCAGCAGCAGCAGCAGCAGCAGCAGCAAGGCACUUCUAAUAUUGACAAAGACUUGGGAUGGAUCUCUGCAUGAUUGGGAGUGCGAUGAACAUAUAUUAGAAUUGAUUAGAUUAUCAGAUGAAAAGUAUUUGCAAGGUCGAAAUGCUUCAAGUGAGACGGGAGAUAAAGUAGAACAAAGAAUUGAGUAUUCUCUCGGGGUGUAUGAGAUAGAUAUAAGUAAUUUGGUCUAUAAUAAACAUCUCGCAGGAGACAAUUUGCAUAUAUUAGUCCGAGAGAAGCAUAACAAAUGUCUCUCUGCAUUUGAUACACCUACAGGGGAUACAGGCCCUGUGUUAAAAGUACAUGCUCAAAUUAAAGAAGAUGUUGAUGCGGUGUAUACUGAGUGGAGUUCAAUAAGCUCUUGUCGUUUAUCUUGUGUAACACCUGUAAAUUAUAGUUGUCGUAAAAGAGCAUGCAUAGCGGGCAAGAAUAACGGGGCUGCAUGCAAAGCAGAGAGUAUGAUUGAUAGACUUCCUUGUACAGAUCCUUCUGUUUCUUCUCCUUGUACUUGUGAGGCAUUCAAUCAAUCUAAUGCAUGUCCUCUAUAUUCUACUUGCGAUGAAAGUGUAGCUAAUAAUGUGCGGUGUACUUGCAAAGGCGUCUUUGCUAAAGAAAACGCUUCAAAGAAAACUACGUGCCAAAUAGAGGAUGCAACUACCUUUGGGGCUUCUACGAAUGAAGAAAUAAAAAUAUCUGAGAGCAACACUUCUUUAAUUAUUUUAUAUGUUAUUGUCGGCGUCUUUGCUGCUGUUGUUGUUGUUGGCUGUACAAUAUUACUUUGUGUUAAAGAAAGACCUCCACGAGAUGAAGAUUUAUUAACAGCAAAUAUUAACCCUCAAACAGGGCAGCCUGCUGCAGGUGUAGCGGAUUUAGGGUACUGGGGGGGCCCCUCCCCAAUGCCUAUGAUGGGGCCCCCAGGGAUGGGUGGCCCCCCAAGGGGGGGCCCCCAAAUGGGGGGCCCCCAGAUGGGGGGGGCCCCCGUAAUGGGUGGGGGGCCCCCUAUGGGGGGCCCCCCACCUGGGGGUAUGGGUAGAGGGAUAACAUCUCCUAGAGUAAUACAGAAUAUGCCUCAGUCUAGAAGGUUUUAA